AUGGAUGCGAAGCACGACGACGAAGUCGCCGCUUCAGGCGGCACCGUGAAGUGGCGCGUGUUCGAGUUCUUCAGCGGCAUUGGAGGCCUCCGCGCGGGCUGGGAUCGCGCCGUGGACAUCUUCAACCGCUCGGGUGUACGCACACUGGAUGCCGCAGGGCGGCACGCCCUCCAGGCGGGCGCGGUAGUCGGCCGCCUCCCCCAUCCGGCUCAUCAUUUUCUCUCUCCCUCCCCCGCGACCCAGGAUCGACACGGGGUCACUCCGCUGCGUCUCCACGCGUCCGUCUGCCGCGCCUACGACGUGAGCGCCACUGCAAACGCAGUCUACGCACACAAUUUCGGAAUCGCUCCGCUCGCGCUCUCGCUGGAGCACCUGCCCUUCAGCUCGCUCGGGCGCGUCCGCGCCGAAGCCCCGCGAAGCGCCGAGCAGGGCCCGCGGAGACAGACAGCGACGUCCCGCGCCGAGGGGGACGGCUGUGACGCGGCGGCGAAUGGGCUGACGCCGCCGCCGACCCUGAGAGGCGAGCCAGGAGACCUGCGAAACGAAGAGACAGAGGCAGAAAAAACUGGUGCCAGAGGCCGCGGCAAGGCAGACGCGACCGCGGCGCCCAGCGCGGUGGCUGCCACGCAGGGAGCUUGCGAGCUGCCUGCUGGCGGCGCGCGCGAACUUUCCAACGAGAGACAGCCAAGGAGCCCAGCGCCUUUCCGGGCGGGGGCUGGUGAGUUCUUCAGAGAGGCGGCGUCCGCGAAGCCUCGGCGCGAGGCGCAUGUCUGGCUACUGUCGCCGCCCUGUCAGCCGUAUACCCGUGGGGGGAAGCGUGAAGACUCGCGCGACCCGCGCGCAAAGAGCAUUCUGCAUCUUUUGGCGUGCCUCGAGAGCCUCGCGGACCCCCCCAAGAUGCUGUUUGUCGAAAACGUCCGCGGGUUCGAGGCCUCUGAGACACACGCGCGCCUCCGCGAGGCCCUGCGGAACCAGGGCUACCGCGUCGAGGAGUUCCUACUCUCCCCGACCCAACUUGGAUUUCCAAACACGCGCGUGAGGUACUACUGCCUCGCCUGGAGGCCGCCGCAGGCAACGAAGCCGAGCGACGCCCGAAGCCCCACGCGCGACGCCGCCUCCGCGGACGCAGGCCGCGGAGACGCAUUGUCUCCGCGCGAAAAUCGCGCAGACUCCGGAGAGACUGGAGACCAGCCUCACGACCGUGACCACACUCACCUCUACGUGAGUCCCCCAGAGGAAGCGCUGCGACUCUGGUGCGACGCCAGCGGUGUCGCUUUGCUCCCUCUGAAGCCCGAGUCGCCUCUGCCCGAUGAAGCUGGACACGCGCCGCGCUCUAAGGCGUCGCCGCCUCGAUUUGCGGACGCUUCGAUAUCUUCGCACGUUGUUCUGUCUCCGUCGGGGGGUGCAGGGCAGGCUUCGCUUGCUUCCUCUUCGCCUAAAGCUUCAGUCUCGUACUCCACCCUGUCGCGUCGCCAGCCCGUCGCGCGGCGAAUCGGCGACUUCCUCGACGCCUCGCUCUCUCCGGAGGCGCUGGCGGCUCUGCGCGUCCCGCCCGCGAAGCUGAAAAAGUUCGUCGCUUUCGCGCAGGCCAACUGUACGCAUGCUUGUUCGGCAGCCAAGCCGCCGCGCGCCUCCUCGCACGCGCCUCGUAAAGGUGAAAAGCGCCACAAGCGUGGCGGGCGCCCAGGCGACAGUCGCCUUCCGGAAGGCGACUCAAAUGGCGAGGCAAAACACAGGGGGGACGAUGCGAAGGUGGAAGCGGAAUCCGGAGAAGCCACGUCGCCAGGCGCUGAACAGGGAGCCCGCGAGGAGAGAGAGGAGAGGGGGAAACGCGCCGCAGAAGCAGGGGAAAGUUUGGAGGCUGUGGGCAGCAGGGGGAAGGCAGAUUGUCCGUGUGUGUGCUGUCAAGAAGGGAAGUGUCGCUGCGAAGAGUUCGCGUUUCGGCUCGACAUUGUCACUCCGCAGUCCGUCGCGAGCAGCACCUUCACGAAGGGAUACGCCACGAACCUCCACACCGGCGGCCCCCUUCUCCUCGUCGAAGCGGCGUCGCCGACGUCCUCUCCUUCUCCUUUUCCGCCGUCUUCUUCGGCGAACGCUGCACCUUCUGAGUCCUCUUCGGAAUCGCCCUCAGUGCCUCCGCCGCCCGGCUCCGCCCUGCGACCGCGUGCAGCGGACGGAGCGAGUGCGCGGCUGCUCGGCGACGCAUACGAGCACAUCUUCGCGACGGAGGCGUUAGAUGCGUCGCGGUUUCUCCACAGGCUUGAUGAGGGGGAUUUCAUUCGCUUCUUUUCGUCGAGCGAGCUCUUGCGCUUGCAUGGCUACCCGCCCUCUUUCGCCUUUCCGCCGGCACUGGCGAACAAAAAGGCCGCGAGCUUGGUAGGGAACUCUGUCAACGUUUCGGUGAUCGCGGUGCUGUUGCUCCACCUCCUUCUCCAGUUCUUCGCGCCCGACGCCGCUCAAGAAGGGGCUAAGCAGGGCCGGAGGGAACACGGAAAUGCAGAGAACAUUUGA